GAAAAAAAGAGUCCUCCGGGUUCCGGAGCUCGGCGAUGGCAUCGAAGGAAUCGGAACCCAAUGCCCUUUAUCGCUGGAAGUCCGCAACUUGUCCACUGGAAUAAUCGAAGCUUCCGACAUUGACGGCAAAGUCUGCUCCUUUUUGUUGUUCGCUUAGCAGCUGAACCGACCUUGCUGGAGAAGCAUAGUUCUGUUGCAGCCCUUUGACAACGCUCGAGCUAUGGGUUCUUUGAUUUGCCCGUUGGGCUCCCAUGCGUUGCUCGGGAGGAAUCUCAAUGGAGGUUACGAGCUUCAGAGGUCACCUAGUUUACAGAGGCGUGAUGUGGGUUUCAGCUUCUUGAAGAGUGAGACCUGCCCGCGGAGCAGGACUGUGGUCUGCAGGUGUGAGCCUGCUGAUUUUGAGGAGAGGAAGAGCCCAAAUGAGGUCAGGAAGGAGAUGCGGCAAUGUUAUGACCUCAUCAAUAAUCUCGGAAGGGGAGUUGUUUACUUAGGUUCCUCCAGGAUGGGACCAGAUCACUUGCAUUAUUCACGGGUGUUCGAGUUGGCCCAAGAGAUUGCCAAACUUUUGGAUUGUACUUCAUGGUCGGGGGCUGGUCCUGGACUCAUGGAUGCUGCCACAAAGGGUGCUUUGGAGGCAGGAAAGCCAGUUGGUGGAUUUAAGAUAGGUAAAGAAGCCAGUGAAUGGACGACCUCGAAUCAUCACCCUUACCUAGCUUCCGAAUCUUAUCUGACUUGCAGGUUUUUCUCUGCACGGAAGCACGGGUUAGUGGACGCUGCAGUUAGGAAGAGCAACUCUGACAGAACUGCAGUAGUUGCUCUCCCUGGUGGAAUAGGAACGUUAGAUGAGAUGUUUGAAAUUAUGGCUCUAAUUCAGCUGGAGAGGAUAGGUUCUGAGCUUCCGGUUCCGUUCCUGUUGAUGAACUACGACUCUUUCUACUCAAAGCUGCUGGACUUUCUCGUUGAUUGCAAGAGUUGGGGUACUGUCUUCGAAGGAGAAGUUGAAUCACUGUGGAAGGUCUGUGACAAUAACUCUGAAGCUUUGGAGUAUUUGUCCAAGUUUUACAGUCUCCCUUGAGUUGGGGCAAUUGAUGGGCGAUAUGCUGUCUCGUAAUGAAGCAAUUGGCAGACCAGUAACUCGGGUUAUUCUAUCUAAGCUUCAACCUCUUGUUCGAGGAUAAUUCUUAAUUCUCAAUGUUGAAUAACAGUGUCGCUGUUAUAGUGGCAUCGACAACAAUGUCAUCAUUGGAUGUGAAAUUUCAACCUCAUCAGAAUUCUAUGGCUUGAAAUACCUUUGCUCC